AUGCUCCGCCAAGUCAAGCCGCGGACAGCCCGUUCCAAGAGGGCGCUCGAGAAGCGUGCCCCCAAGCUCAACGAGAACCCCAAGACCGCCCUUUUUCUUCGCGGCACCCAGUGCAGCCAAGUUACCCAAGAUGCCAUGCAAGAUCUCUACUCCCUGCGCCAAACCCACGCCAAGCGCUUCCACAAGAAGAACCCCGUCCAUCCCUUCGAGGAUGCCAGCUCCCUGACCUUCUUCUCCGAGAAGAACGACACGUCUCUCAUCCUCUUCGGCUCCAGCAGCAAGAAGAGGCCCCAUACCAUCACCUUCGCCCGUACCUUCGACUACAAGAUGCUCGACAUGCUGGAGUUCUACCUCGACCCUGAGACCUUCCGCAGCAUCGCCCAGUUCAAGACCAAGAAGGUUCCCGUUGGCACCAAGCCUUUGAUGGUGUUUGCCGGUACUGCUUUCGAAUCCCCCGUCGCCAACGAAUUCACCACCGCCAAAUCCAUGCUCAUCGACUUCUUCCGCGGCGACCCCUCGGACAAGAUCGACGUCGAGGGUCUUCAGUACUGCAUCGUCGUUUCCGCCGACGAGCCCACCUCCUCCGCCGACCCCUCGGACCCCUCAACAAAACCCACCCUCCACCUGCGCGCCUACAUGAUCCGCACCAAGCGCUCCGGCCAGAAGCUUCCCAGAGUCGAAGUCGAAGAGCACGGUCCCCGCAUGGACUUCCGCCUCGGCCGCAUUCAGCUUCCCGACGCCGACAUGCUCAAGGAGGCGAUGCGCAAGCCCAAGACCAACGAGGAGCGCACCAAGAAGAAUAUCAGCAUGGACAGCAUCGGUGACAAGAUUGGUAGAAUCCAUAUGGGCAAGCUGGAUCUCAGCGAGUUGCAGACGAGGAAGAUGAAGGGUCUCAAGAGGAGCAGAGACGUGGUGGAUGAGGACUUUGAUGAUGCGGAUGUGCCGAUGGAGGGCAUCAAGGAGGUCAGUGACAGGAUCGUGGGGCCCAGAAAGAAGAGGGCGAGGGAUGCUGUUGAGUUUUAA